CUGCGCCCGGCAGCCGGUUAGCCGCGUCCCGGAGGCUGCAGUCCCGGCGGCACCGCGGAGACCUCGGGGGAAGGUCGACCGCCGCCGUGGCAGACGAACAGGGAAAAGAUGUGGGUUUUUGGUUACGGGUCCCUCAUCUGGAAGGUGGACUUCCCCUAUCAGGACAAGCUCGUCGGCUACAUCACAAACUACAGCAGGCGCUUCUGGCAGGGCAGCACGGACCACCGCGGGGUCCCCGGCAAGCCUGGAAGAGUUGUGACUCUUGUUGAAGAUCCUGGGGGUUGUGUAUGGGGUGUUGCCUACAGACUGCCAGCAGGAAAGGAAGAAGAAGUAAAAGCAUACCUUGACUUCAGAGAGAAAGGAGGCUACAGAACCACAACAGUCAUUUUUUAUCCAAAAGAUCCCACAACAAAACCAUUCAGUGUGUUGCUAUAUAUUGGGACAUGUGAUAAUCCUAAUUAUCUUGGUCCUGCACCUCUGGAAGACAUUGCUGAACAAAUUUUUAAUGCAGUUGGUCCAAGUGGAAGAAAUACAGAAUAUCUUUUUGAACUAGCAAAUUCUAUGAGGAACAUUGUGCCAGAAGAUGCAGAUGAGCAUCUAUUCUCUUUGGAAAAAUUGGUAAAGAAACUUUUAGAAGGAAAACAGAACCUCAAUUGCAUAUAAAGACCUAACCAUUGACUUCCAACAAACAAAGCUUUUAGUCUUCAUAAAAUUAACUUCAGUGCACAAUGGCAGUAUGAUUUAGAAAUGCGCUCACUUCAAGAUCUUAUUUUUAAUGCAGUCAGGAUAUUAUCUAAAUUUAUAGCUUAAUCGCAAGUAUCCUGAAACACUUAUAUUCAAAAGAUUGGGAUACAGUGAAAUAAAAAUUCAAGUUUUAAUAACAUAAUGAUUUGCUAGUUAUAUGAUACUGAACACUUGCUCAUUAGAUGUGAGUUCUUUAGAAAUAUACACUGAAGGACUCAGUUCAGUUCUUGUCUUUAACAGUUUUAUAUUGUUUUAAUUUUGUUUUUAUAAUCCUAUUAUUUCGUGUCUCAAUACUGUUUUGAAGUUACAGAGAAUUAAACCAAACAUCCAAUAAAUAAUAAGGUUAUGCCUUCAACACAUCCUAAUUCAAUUUUUUAAUCAUGGUUUAAAACAUAUAACCGUAGCUGGGCGCAAUGGCUCACGCCUGUAAUACCAAUAUUUUG